AUGUUCCCGCACUUAGAGUUUGUUAAUGGAUACAAAGUGGAGCUGCGUGCAGCCUUCGGCAGCCCCUUUCCUAGGCGCCUAAGGCCACCACGAAGCCCAUUCACUGCCCGGGACGAAGCCCGCGGCAGGCCCUUCGUUGCCGCUAGCCUUAUGAUUUCCCUCAAGUCGGGCGGUCAACGUGUCAUCGUCCCCAGGAAGGAAAUCAUUCUGUGCGCCGGUGCCAUAGAUACGCCACGGCUCAUGCUUUUGUCCGGCCUCGGCCCCAAGAGCCAGCUCGAAGGGCUGGGAAUCGACGUCGUUAAAGACAUUCCUGGCGUCGGCGAGAACCUCCAGGAUCACCCGGAAGGAAUCAUCAUGUGGGAGCUAAACAGGCCGGUCCCGCCUAACCAGACCACGAUGAACUCUGAUGCCGGGCUCUUCCUACGGCGAGAGCCAACAGACGCCGCCGGCAGCGACGGGAAUGUGGCGGACUUGAUGAUGCACUGUUAUCAGGCCCCCUAUUCCCACCACACCGAGCGAGCUGGGUUCGAAUUCAUCCCCAACCCUUACGUCUUCUGCAUGAUUCCGAACAUCCCCCGACCCCGUUCGCGAGGCCGGGUUUAUCUCACGUCGGCCAAGCCUGCCGUCAAGCCGGCCCUCGACUUUCAGUGUUUCUCCGAUCCCGAAGGAUACGAUGCUGCACCCAUGACCUGGGGAAUCAAGGCGGCCCGUAAAAUCGCCCGGCAAAGUCCAUUUAAAGAAUGGUUGAAACGAGAGGUAGCGCCAGGUCCAGCCUACCAGACUGACGACGACAUCAGCAAAUAUGCUCGCAGCGUCCACCAUACAGUGUACCACCCGUGCGGAACCACUAAGAUGGGUGAUGUUACGCGUGACGAAAUGGCUGUUGUAGACCCGCAACUUAGGGUCCGAGGUUUGAGUGGACUGCGCUUUGCUAAUGCUGGUAUUUUCCGGGAAAUUCCUACAAUCAACCCAAUGUUUACAGUGUUAGCAGUCGGCGAGCGGGCUGCAGAACUGAUUGCUGCUGAGGACUCCUGGAAGAAACCUACAUGGCGCGCAGACAUAUACGAGGUCCAAGAGUAUGCAGCUGGCGCCCUGGCCAGCGAGUCGCUGCUCAUCAUCGAUCCACAGAUCGUCUCCCAUCCAUGUCUUGGCAUCUUUGGUCGUCGGGUCGGGCGUCUCAUCGGAGAAGUAGCCUGGGCGGGAAACUUAGUUAAGAACGCCGGCCUGCUUGUUCGUCUUCCGCAGUUCGGCGUUUCCGCCCACGCUCAUGGCUUUAUUCUCCAAGCGACCGAGCACGUGCUGGAAUCACGCGGGAAAAUUGCCGAGAGCCAGCAGGCCACGGAUGAUGAGCAAGUGCAGCGACAAGUAAGGGUGGUUCUUGUUGACCCAUUGCUCAGACCUGGUGCUCUUCUCGAUAAAGACGGCCUUCCUGUCUUGGUUGAAAGUUCACCUCAGCCAGCCAAAGAUGUUGAUGGCGGUCCAGAGGCUCGGAGCGGCCCAAGAAUUCAUCAAGUCCACAAAGGGGGCGUUGCCCUCUCCGCCGCCCAGGAUCAGAGACGUCACCUGGUCCGGGCCAGAGCUGAGAUGGACGUGGAUAAUCCAGCUGACAAAGGGGUGCCAGAUGAUAGGUUUCUGGAGUCUAUUUUGAUAUCACUAGCCAAGCGCUACUCGAAUCAAAUGCGACGAAAGGACGUCCUUAUUUAG